GAUUUUUUUUAAGGUUAGUCCUCUCUGUAGCAAUGACCAUGGGAGAUAACAAGCGAAGCUUCCCCCUCAAAGGCACCUGCCCUCCAAUAGCCCCACAAUGUUAAUGAGUGACCCAGGAGGCGAGGGAGGAGGAGAAGAAGAUUGGGAGGAAUAAGCAGCCUCCCUCGUGGCUCCCCGGACUCAGAGACAGCCCCUACCAUCAUCCCAGCAGGUUCUCAGGACCCUCCGCCAAAGCACCAUGAAGUUCUUCGUCCUCACACUGGCCUUGGCCAUCCUGACAGGGACUUGGGCUUCUGUUCUCCGAGAUGAGCCAGAUUCCAAGCUGGAGAAGCUAAUCCAACAGGGAAGAGAAGAUGCCAAUAAAUUCAUCAAAACAUUGUUUGGGAAACUCGCCUUCGUUGACAGAACAGAGGAGGGCCGGGAGAUUUCGAAAUUUCUUGAGUAUGUCUAUAGGAAUUUCAGCAGGCGCUUGGAUACCCUGGGGAAAGAGUUACCUGAUGAGGUUGUGAAAGCUGUUGAUCUGGUUUUGGGGGUGCCAUACCAGGUUGCGGAAAAGGCUAUCACUGCCCUGUUUGACCUGCAGAGACAUAGAAGGCAUAACUUAGAAGCAUUGCAAUCUGCCCUGGCGGGUUACGUGGACCCCGUCCUGGAGAGGGUGGGUCCGUACGCAGCAACCGUGCGCAGUGCCGUCGUUGCCAGAGCUCAGGAGAUCAACCGUGAGAUAGAUGAGAAGCUGCCGCAGCAAGUGCAAGCUCUGAGAACCCAGCUGGAUCCAGACAUUAAGAAGCUGCGAGAAUUGCAGGCAACCCUUCAGCCUUAUCUUGAUCACAUCCAGCAGCUGAUCAGAAAAGGAGCGGAGACGAUCCACAAGCACUUACUGAAGCCGUACGUUGAUCCCAUUGUGCAGUUGCACCAAAAGUACAAAAAGGACUUUAGGGCAUGGGCUAGAGCCCCAGUGUUUUUCCCAAAUCCAUGAUUAUUUCUCUCACAUGUAUACGAGGAAGGAAUCUCCCCCAGCAUCUAAAGAGAGAUCAGAAGGAAAAAGCUUACAUUGGUUUUUGUGUCUUCAUGACCUUGGCUGGGAGGUAGGGCAGGUGUGCAAGUCUUCUCCAGACGGGAUAAUAAAGGAGACGUUCCUAACAA